UCCACAGAGGGAGUCCUGCUUCCUUAAGGAAACAAAUAUAUAUAUACAUAUUGAUGCUGGAUGGAAAGAUGGAAAAACUGAAAUAUGGAAAUUCAGUGAUCAUAUUUGCUUCUUGUUUCCAUCCAGAUUUUUGGUUUCCAGGGCUGGAUGCACAGACCUGAAGCUACUUUAAUUAUAGCACAACGCAGAAAAAAUAUCUCUCAGUAAACUCUGGGAGUUAACUAAUAAGGGGUAAGGAGGCUGUUCAGCCUGGGGAACAAAGGUAAAUGUGACAGCGUGGGUAAUUCUGCUUUUCCCUGCACUUUCAGCCAAAACAGAUCUGCACCCAGUUCUGCUGCUGCCAGGAGCUCUGUGGCUGUUCUGAGGACAGCUUCCACACACUCUAAGAAGGACCAAGUGCUGCAGGGUCAAGCCUUGUUGGGCCCCUGCCUUGCUGAGCCCUUUCCAUGGCACUCUCCAAUGACUCCUGGCAGAACACCUCAGCCCCUCUCUUCACUGGUCUCGACCUCUUGCUGGAGCUUAAGCCGCUCUUCAUCCCUCUCUACGCCACCCUGGUGGCUGUGGCGUGUUUGGGGAACCUCUUCCUCAUUCUCCUCAUCGCUCUCACCAAAAAGCUGCACUGCACCACCAAUUUCCUCAUUGGCAACCUGGCAGCGGCUGACUUUGUCAUGUGCCUGGCCUGUGUCCCUCUGACUGUCUCCUAUGCCUUCGAGGUGCGGGGUUGGCUUUUUGGGAUGUUCAUGUGCUACUUUGUCACCCUGAUGCAGGCCACCACCGUGUUUGUCUCGGUGCUGUCCCUCACCGCCAUCGCCAUUGACCGCUACAUCGUCGUGGCCUACCCCAUCCGCCGAAGGAUAAGCUACAAAUCCUGUGUCUGCAUCAUGGCCUGCAUCUGGCUUCUCUCCAUCCUGGCCUCGGUUCCCACCUCGCUGCACAUGCAAUACUUGGAUCUCAACACCAUUGGCCAUGACAUGAUCAUCUGCGAGGAGUUUUGGAAGCACAAGGAGAGGGAGCGGCUGCUGUACUCAUGUCUGAUGCUCCUCUUGUCCUACAUGCUCCCGCUGCUGGCAGUAUCGGUCUCCUUCUGUGCCAUCUCCCACCACCUGCAGAAGAGGAACAUCCCAGGAGCUGCCUACCUGUGCCAAGACAAGUGGAGCAAAAUGAAGCAGAAGACCUUCCGGGUGCUCACCGUCUCUGUAGUUUGCUUUGCUGUCUGCUGGCUGCCCCUCCAGGUCGUCAACUUUAUCAGAGACAUUGACGAAGAGUUCACCAUCCUGGACAAGAGAUAUGUGAACGUCAUCCAGGUCUCAUGCCACCUGAUUGCCAUGAGCUCUGCCUGCUACAACCCCUUCAUCUAUGCCUCUCUCCAUGACAAGUUCCGCUUCCACCUCAGCAGUUACUUCUACCGCAAGAAGAAGAGCUCCAGCACUGUGUCCUACAAGGUUUCUCGGUUCAACAUCUGUUCCACCUUGGCAGACACCCCAGCUGGAGUCCUGGAUAAGACAGCUUUGCAAACCAGAUUCUCUUAGCUGAACUUCCCCUACAGGCUUGCUCUUGGGCCUGGAUGUAGAUGCUUGUGCCUGGCGGGGAGAACAAGCACCACGGAACCAAGUGAAGGGAUGUCUGUCCUCAAGUAGCAUCUCUUCUGAGCAGCUCAAGGACAUUUUAUUCUUUGACACAAAGCACACCAGCACAACAACAAUGAAUACCACAACCAUGUGAAAAUAGCAUAAUCUUGAGCAGGAUUUACCUGCUAGCCCCCAUAGAGACUGGUGGAUGUUUCCACCUGAUCUGACUCAAGAAUCAGUGCCAAUGAAACAGCUUUCCCUUGCCUUGUUGAAAUAGAACAAUGUAUAUAUAUCUGGAUUCACAACUGGGUAUAUAAUUGGUGUGAUGGUAGUGUUCCAUAAGCUUCAGUUUUCAGGAAUGCCUACACACACUGACACAGUCAAAAUCUGUCCAAAUACGAGUGCUUCAUGAGCAAGGAGAAAUGUUCAUGCUGUACCACUGGUUGUGCAGCAAAGCUGGGAAUGGGGUAUAUACAUACACUAGAUCUCCAAUCACAGCUUACAAUGCCAGGAACUGGUGCUGUAUUUGCAGCACAAAGACGUCUCCCUGUGGUGUAUAUAGGGGUGGACAAGAUGUUGGGUGCAUUUAAAGAAGU